AUGGUUGUGUACAAGUUAAUUUUACUUCGUCAUGGUGAAAGUGAGUGGAAUGAAAAGAACCUGUUUUGUGGAUGGAACGAUGUUGAUCUCUCACAGAAGGGUAUUGAAGAAGGCAAACAAGCAGGCAAAUGGCUCAAAGAACAAGGUUGUACUUUUGACGUCGCUUACACCUCGGUUUUAAAACGAGCGAUCAAAACAUUGUAUCUUAUUCAAGAAGAAUUAGAUCUUCAUUGGACUCCGGUUUAUCGUCAUUGGCGUCUGAAUGAACGCGUCUACGGUGAUUUACAAGGUAAAAAUAAAGCUCAAACAGUGGCGAAAUACGGUGAAGAUCAAGUUAAAAUUUGGCGUCGUGCUUAUGAUAUUCCACCUCCACCAUUGGAUGAAUCCAGUGAAUACAAUCCCAAAAAUGAUCCAAAAUAUCAAAACGUUGACAAACGUCUAUUGCCAUUGACUGAAUGCUUAAAAGAUACCUUCGUGCGCAUAUUACCUUACUGGCACGAUCACAUUGCGCCAUCCAUCCGUUCCGGACAAAAUGUGCUCAUAUGUGUUCACGGUACUGCUGUUCGAGCAUUGAUUAAAUAUCUUGAUCAAGUAUCCGAUGGUGAUAUUUCAAAAAUUGACGUGCCGACAGGUAUUCCAUUGAUUUAUGAAUUGGAUGAAAAUAUGAAUCCGAUUCGGCAUUAUUAUGUUGCACCGGAUGAUGUUGUCAAAAAGGCGAUUGAAAAAGUCAUGAAUCAAGGAAAAGCAAAACAAUAG